UAUGUCACUUCCGCUCUUUUUCCUGCGCCAUUUUGGACAGAUCUGAUGCUGGGACAGGGUGUAUUGUCCGUGGAAAAAGAUAAAAUAUUGGUCAUUUUGAAAUAAUUACAUUGUGGGUAUAUUAUUCAGCUCGUUGUUUCUGACCCCGUUAGAGAUCAUUUGCAAUGGCCUGCCAGCAACAAGGAAUAUGAUUUCCCCCAUUAGCUAAUUAUAUGAAAGAUAGUGAGCGAAUGAGUUGCUGCUGCUUUACUUCAUCGCCGGCAGCCAAAAAGAGAGCAAACAGUGAGCGGAGACUGAGUUGCUCCUUCGGGCCGGUGUGUCAUCUUGUCAUCCUGGUAGUCCACUGAGCAAGGGGACUGAAAACAGCCAUCUGCUACGGUUGGCUUCUUACGGAGUGUCUAAACGCCCAAGCUCCCUCUGCCAGAGAGCAUGUUUCAGCUCCCGGUGAAUAACCUGACCAGCUUGCGCAAAGCCAGGAAGAAUGUGAAGAAAGUGCUGGGGGAUAUUGGUUUGGAGUACUGCAAGGAUCACAUCCAGGAUUUCAAAGAGUUUGGCCCCAAUGAAUUCUACGUGAAGAACACCAGUUGGGAAGAUGUGUGCAUGUGGGAACCGUCGUCCACGAAGCCGCAGGACUAUCGCUCCAAGCCCUUCUGCUGCUCCGGCUGCUCCUUCUCCUCCAGGUUCUUCUCGGCCUAUCACAGUCACUUCCGCAAUGUGCACAGCAGUGACUAUGAGAGCCACAUCCUGCUCAACUGCUCGUACUGCACCUACAACGGCAACAAGCAGGCCCUGGAGAUGCACAUGAAGCUGUUCCACGCGGCCAACAACGUGGUGAGGCAGGGCGUGGCCAGGCAGGGCGUGGCCGGCGCCCUGAAGGACAUGGGUGUCAGUCGCAAGCCCCGCCCUCUGGAAGGGACGGAGCAAGCCGUGUACUACUGCAAGAAGUGCACGUACCGUGACCCGCUGUACAACGUCGUGCGCAAGCACAUCUACCGCGAGCACUUCCAGCACGUGGCCACGCCCUACGUCGCCAGGGGCCCCGCCGACAGGUCCGUCAACGGAGGGGCGGGGCCAGCGGGGGGCUCGGGGCGGGCCGACGCCCUGCACUGCAAGCGCUGUCUCUUCGUCCCGCGAACGCUGGAGGCGCUGGUGCAGCACGUGAUCGAGGACCACGAGCGCAUCGGCUACCAGGUCACCGCCAUGAUCGGACAUGUCAACGUGGCCCGCGCCGCGCCCUUAUCGCUCGUCUCGCCCAAAACCUCGGUUUUAGCGGCAGGGGGGGUGGGGCAGAAGGGUGUGAUGGCAGGAGGGGCGGGGCAGAAGGGCGUGGUGGUAGGCGGGGCUGGGCUGAAGGGCGUGGUGGCGGGAGGGGCGGGGCAGAAGGGCGUGGCGGCGGCCAUACGCACUCUGACACCGCAGCAGCUGAGCCGCUUGGUGCCGGUAGGGGCGGGGCUCAAGCCCGGCCUUUUUGCUCUGAAGGGUGGGGGGCUGCAGCCCCUCUCCUCCGCCCCCCCGCAGGUACGCAUCACGUUGCCCGGCGCCGCGCAGGUGUCCGCCCCGCUCCAGUCCCUCGCCGCCAAGCAGCUCUUUCAGACGGACGGGGGCAUCGGCGCGCGGCUCGGCCUGGGGGCCUCCUCUUCGUCCUCCUCCUCCUCCUUGCUCUCGCUCACGUCCCGGCUGCAGCCCAAAAAGGCGGGGAGCCCGUCAGUCAACACCUCGUACACGCAGAAGUGGAAGAUCUGCACCAUCUGCAACGAGCUGUUCCCGGAGAACGUGUACAGCGCCCACUUCGAGAAGGAGCACAAGGCCCAGAAGGUGCGCGCGGUGGCCAGCUACAUCAUGAAGAUCCACAACUUCACCAGCAAGUGUCUGUACUGCAACCGUUACCUGCCCAGCGACACGCUGCUCAACCACAUGCUGAUCCACGGCCUGGCCUGCCCGCACUGCCUCGCCACCUUCAACGACGUGGAGCGGCUGGUGGCGCACGUCCGCCAGCUCCACCCGGGCGAGGCCGUGGGCAACCGCACUGACUCCCCGCUGACCUUCGACCUCACGCUGCAGCACGGCGAGCCCAAGAACGUGCAGCUGGUGGUCACCACGUACUGCAACAGCGUGCGCGACGCCCCCCAGGACCUGGCCGCCUUCCACGCCCAGAACAGCGCCACGCUGGACAGGAGGGCGCCCCCUAAAGGGGCGGAGGGCCAGGACGGCGGGGGCGCGGCCAAGCGGGCCGCCGCGCCCCACAAAAAGGACGCGGGCAAGACGCUGUGCCCGCUCUGCUUCUCCAUCCUCAAGGGCCCCAUCUCGGACUCGCUGGCCCAGCACCUGCGGGUGCGGCACCAGGUGAUCCAGACCGUGCACCCCGUGGAGAAGAAGCUGACCUACAAGUGUAUCCACUGCCUGGGCGUGUACACCAGCAACAUGACGGCCUCCACCAUCACCCUGCACCUGGUGCACUGCCGGGGGGUGGGCCGGGCUUCCAACGGCCCCGACGCCCCGCUCGCGUCUGCCGCCGAGCCCCCCGACCCGGCCCCCGCCAAGAGGCGCAGGACCGAGGAGCACGGAGCCGGCGAAGCGGAGGACCCCGCCUCCCUGCCGCUGGACCCCCGCGCGCGGGAGGGGGAAUCGUACGAGCAGGGCAAGGCCUUCCUCACCAGCUACUUCCACCGGCAGCCGUACCCGUCGCUGCGGGAGGUGGAGAGGCUGGCCUCCACGCUCUGGCUGUGGAAGUCGGACGUGGCGAGCCACUUCGCCAACCGCCAGCGCGCCUGCAUGCAGGACUGCCGCGCCCGGAAGCCCACCGUGCUGCUGGGCUUCAACAUGCGCCAGCUCAGCCGCCUGCGCCACAGCAUGAGCUUCAACCCCGUCUACCUCUACCGCGACCGCGACGAGGGCGAGCCCCGGCCCCGCGCGCCCGGCCCCAGCCAGCAGGGGGAGCCCAGGCCCAGAGAGCCCGUCAGAGGCGGCCCCGCAGUGAAUUCUGGGAACUGCCCUGAGCCCAUUUCCCUGGACACAGAGAGUGAGUCAGAGGGGGAGGGGGAGAAGGAGGGGGAGGAGAGGGGGCGGAGUGCAGUGGGUUGCUCCACAGACAGCAGGACUCCUGUAGGGGACCUGACAGAGGCAGGCGGGCAGGAGGCGGAGCAGACGAAGGCCUCCAGGACUGUGGGUGGAGCUAGUGAGGGUGGAGAGGCUGCCGGCCUGGGUUCGGAGGAGACCCCCUGGCGGGGAGCUGAGAACGGGUACGGACCGGAGGGGCCCGAGGGCUGUGCCGGGUUGCCGGCCCUGCCAGACGGGCUGGAUUUAGGAGUGCGGAAGUCCAUGGAUGGGGCAGCAGAGCCAGUAACCACCCCGCUCAGUGCACCAGUGGGCUUGAGUGGCCAACACACGUGAGACACGCGUUGGCGUGCGACAGACCUCGAACCCAGAACCAGCCCGCAUCACCAGGGCUGAUGGCCGACAUGGCGGGCAGGAGGAGGAGGAGGGAGGUGAUGGCAGUCCCUGAUUGGCUGGCCCAUGGGGUGAUCCUGGAAGUGGCAGCUGUGGCUGUGUUAUACUGCCUUCCAGUGGUCGUACUGGAGCUAACAUGGUAAAGGAAAUCAAAAUAUUUCUGAAACUAUGCUGAAGAUGCAACAAUGGUACAGAAAGCUGUGCCUUCAGUUUUGUUUUACUUGAUUAAAGUGUUUAUUCUACCACCAGAUUGUUGCAAGGGUACUGGCUUAAAGGUUAUGUUUUUGAAAAAAAGAAAGAUUUAAGCCUCUACUUUUUUCAUAUAGUCUUACAUAAUGAUGUAUAUAUAUAUAUUUGUAGUCUUUCAGAAAUUUGAGGAGACAUGGCUGUGUUCUCCAUGUUUGGGCUUCUGUGCACUCAUUGGUUCUUAUGAGUAAACAGUGCUGUAGUGUCUUGUCUUAUUUUAUUUGAUUCUUUUUUUAAAAAAAAACAGAACUACAGUAUGUUACAAAAUGAUUGGUUAACAUGCAUAAAGUGCAGUUUAAACAACCAUAAGGCCUUUAUUUUCGUUUUGGUUUGUUAUUUUUGCUGUUCUUGGAAAAUGGUUGUCUGGACGUUUUCUGUAGCAGUGGUUCCCGAAUUUGUUCCCAACCCACUGCGUAUGCUGGCUUUGGCUGAAAUUGACUGAUUAAGGCUGUUAGAUGUGUUUAAAUUACACUAUGCUUUUCCCUUUAAAUUUGUUUAAAAAUUUGUUUCCCUUCAAUUUGUUUGAAGGGCAAAUUAUAGUAAAUGGAACUCUUUCGACUCUAUUUAAUUUCUGUGACCACAUGUCUACUUUUUCAGCAGUUUGGAUCCAGUUGAUUUCAAAUCAGUCUAACGGAAUCAAUUAAAAAUGGCAUCUCUUUCCAGGACAAUCAUUUGCUCAUGUUCCGUUACCAGCGUACACAGUGGGUCCCCUGGACUGAGAUUGAGAACCACUUUUCUACAGCAUGUGUGAUGUGCUUGAUUCAGGACUGUUUUGACCAUGUGGGUCUAAGACGGUUAUUCCAGAGGUCUGUAGUACUUAAGAGUCAAAACCAGGUUUGACAUGAUCCUAUCAGAGUGCUGCAACUUACCAAAUAUUGAAACUUAAAAAUAUAUAUAUAUUUAAGACCUGUGCUUAACGUUUUAAACAUCGAUCAAUAAUGUGGCACCGUAAUAUGUAUGUACGUGUUAAUUUGCGAUAUUUUUAUCCUAAUUUUCCUUUCUCCAUCUAAGCACUUCUGAACAAUAAAAGGUGUUAUGCACUG